UGAACAUGACCUGCGACUUCGUCAUGUUUUCGUCUCUCAUUCCGUCCUGCGACUUAUAACAAUCUCAGGACUGUAUUUUUACUGAGGACCUCACAAACAUGAUCAUCACCACCAUCUUCAUCACCAUCAACAACAACAAAGACACCUGAACAGAAAAACUCCUUCAACGCAAAUAGUUUGUGUGUGUGUGUGUGUGUGUGUGUGUGUGUGUGUGUGUGUGUGAGUGUGUGUGUGCGCGCGCGUGUGAGCGUGUGUGUGUGUGUGUGUGUGUGUGUGAGAGUGUGUGUGAGUGAGCCUCUCUCUCUAUCUCGGCGUCUCCUCGUCGUCAGUAGGUCGUCAUGCCGGAGCCGCGCGGUUCUCCCGCAGAUUCUCCCUUCUCCAUCCGGAACCUCCUGAGCGGCGACACGAAGCCCAAGACGGCCGCCAAGCCCGCGAGACCGGAGACAGAUUUCGGGCUCGGGCUCGGGGUCGGUCUCGGGCUGGGAUUUGGAUUCGGGGAUUUCAGCCUGGCUCGGCUCGAGCUCCUCAACCCGCACCGUUUAGCGUUACCGGCGUACCUGGAGCGCGCGAGCUGGUAUCCGCCGCACGCGCUCACCGGAGCUUCCGCGCACCUCUACAGCACCGCAGAUAAAAACAGCACGUGCUCAGAGAGAGACUCUCCGGAGUUCCGGUCUGAUCCGGAAACUAAGGAGGAUCACGACGAUGAUGAAGAGGACGACGAGGAAGAAGAGAGCGCGAGGAGCGUAGAAGAGGAACACGAGGACGUAGACGCGGAAGAGCGGAAGAGAAAGGCUGCCGCGCGUGAGCGAGGUGGAGGAGAAGAAGAAGAGGAAGAAGAGGAUGAGGAGGACUGGAAACGGAGCACGAGGGUGACACCGGCGGCAUCGGCGGCGGCGAUGGCAGAAACAGAGGAGGAGGACGAGGAGAAGAAAGCAGGCCACCGCAAGAAGAAGACGCGUACGGUGUUCUCGCGCAGCCAGGUGUUCCAGCUGGAGUCCACGUUCGACGUGAAACGCUACCUGAGCAGCUCGGAGCGCGCGGGCCUCGCCGCCUCGCUGCGCCUCACCGAGACCCAGGUGAAGAUCUGGUUCCAGAACCGCAGGAACAAGUGGAAGCGGCAGAUCGCAGCCGAGCUCGAGGCUGCGAGCUUGCAGCAGCAGCACCACCACCUCCAUCAUCACCAUCACCAUCACCAGCAUCCUCUUCAUCAGCAGCACCAGCAGCGGAUCGUCCGCGUGCCCGUGCUCUAUCACGAGAGCGCGGCGGCUGCGGCGGCUGCGGCGGCUGCGGCUGCGGCGGCGGUGGCUGCGGCGGCAGCCUCCUCCACCUCUUCAUCCUCCUCCUCCUCUUCAUCCUCCUCCGCGUCCUCCUCGCCGGACAGCGCGAGCCCUCAUCACACGAACAGAGCGAGUACCGCCACGCCCACGCCGCUCCUCGCCUUCCCGCACGCGCUCUAUUACCCGCAGCCGCACAUGCCGCUGCUCAGGCGCACGUAGAGUCGAUUUAAUUUAUACCGAAUUAUUAAAUAUCGAAUGAAAGACUGAAAGACUGAAGUUUUUAAAGGAAAGAAAAUAUGAAACCGAUGGAGAAAUUAUUUUUAUAAACAAAAUCAAGUUUUUCUUCUUCUUUUAUUUUUUUUGUUUUUGAACAUUUAAUUUUCGGUUUGUUUGGGAAAAAAAAUCCAACCAGAAAAUACAUUCAGAAAAGACUAAACUUUAUUAUUAUUAUUAUU